GACAAUCGUGACUUUUUUCAGAUUAUGAGAACCAGAACACGAACGAAAUUCAAACUAGAGGAAAGUCCGCCUACAGAAGAAAUUGACAACAAAGAGAACAUGCCAGUACGUGCGACAGUAAAAAGAGAAACACAGAAGAAAUCAGGGAGCAGCAGUAAAGUAAAAAAGAGCACCGUAACAGACGCCAAGGCGAAAAAAGCUGCGAGGGCGGAGACUGGAAACCAGAUUGUAAUUGAUUCGCUAGAAUCGGAAACGGACAGGAAGUCAGUGCGAUUUUCAGAAGCAGACGAAAAAGUUUCAGGAACUUAUCGAAACGGUAGAUUAAAUGACACUUCGAGUAGUAGAAUCUCAGCUACAAGCAUAGAGGAAAGCGCCUUCAAAAUUCUGCUGAAACAGAGCUCAAAUUCUUCGACCCCUUUGAGAAAACUAAGUCCCAGAAGCCUUAAUGACACCGAAGAUGACAUUACAGACGGCCUUUCGAUUGAAUUACAAGGUGAACAAGCGGUAAAAGUUGAGUCAAAAAACAUAAACAGCGUUGAUUUGCAGCAGAAAGGAGAUAUAGAAACGGACGAAAAUUAUGGAAAACGGAAGCUACGAGACCGGAAACGUAUGAGCGAAAUAGGAAAUAUUAAAAAGAGUGAAAACAACGAAGAGAGUAAACAAGUCAAAAAGAAAUCUAAAGCUUCUCAGAAAAACAAAAUUCAAAACAAGGGCGAGGAAAAACCGGAAGAAACAAGUUCAAAAGAUAGAAGUCACAAUUUAUCCAAGAGUUUCCUGAGUUUUGAAGCCAAAUCGGCUGGAAAUGAGGAAGUGUUGAGACAACUUGAACUUGAAAGGAAACUUUUAGAAGAUUUCAAUGACAUAGACAGCUUCGAGUUGUGUAUUGAAUGAUUUAGUUAUCAAUGUGAAAAUUAAAAACCAAUGUGAGCUCUGAUUUUAAUUUUAUUUGUCUGGAGUUCUUGAAGCUGAACUAUUCUGGCCAAAAUGCGUGCUUUACAAAAACUCGGAGCUCAAUAUGGUUGCAACAUUUAUUAAAAAAGUAUAUUGUGUUUGCUAAGUUUUUGGUAUAAUAGUGUUUUGAGUUGUUUUUUGUAGUUUUGUCUGGAUGAUGUGAAAAUUUAAUUACAAUUGUUUGACUA